UCAAGACAGUUGUCCUUACAGCAAAGCUAUGGUGUACUGCAACACUGAGGCGCGACACAAUACUAUCAGUGCUGGCGUGGUUGGGGAACCUGCACGUUACAUGGUUAAUAUCUGCCAGGACUAUUUCUCAAAUGCGGAAGCCACCGUGUAUUGUCGGACUAGCUAUCAACCGUCGUGGAACGUUAAUUACACGACGGACGAUUCAUCUUCGGGUGCAUAUACGGACGAUUCAUCUUACAUGUUACGUCUGAGUUGCCGAGGAAACGAGGACGAUGUUUCUCAAUGCAACGUCCGUAAGACCAACUGUAGUGGAAACCCGUACAACGGAGUAAACAUAGUAUGCAGUGACACUAAAAUCGAACUCAUAAACGGGCGUAACAACUUGCACGGAACGGUUAGAGCGCAAGAAAAUGGCACCUGGAGAUACAUCUGCUCAGACGGGUUCGGUCUAAAUGAGGCACGUGCUGUAUGUGUCAAUGUCAAUGGCACGGCGGUAGCGGGAAAGAUCACACGUGCAUACGUUGGGAAAAAUGACAUGAUAACAAAUAUUCGAUGUCAUGGAAUGGAGAGGGAUAUUUCCAUGUGCACAUCCAUGACUAUCGGAUACUGCAACAGUGGUUAUGCUGCGGUAGUUGAUUGUAAUACAGUACGGCUUGUAGGCGGAAAUGCUGGAAGCAGUGGUCGAGUAGAAAUCUACAACACUUCAACACACGUCUGGAGUACAGUUUGUUCAAAGCGCUUUGACUACAGUGCAGCUAAUGUGAUAUGCAAACAGUUAGGCUAUCUCUAUAGUAACAAUACCUACGGUACAUCGUUAAGUGGUGGUAAAGGUGCUAUACAAGAAUAUGAUUUGAAGUGUUUCGGCAACGAAUGGAACAUAAACAACUGCAUUUCUGAAUCAUACUUUACUAGUUCCUGUAACCACAACAACGAUGUAGACGUGAAUUGUGGAGGUAUCGAUUCGCAGACUUCGAGCGCGUCAUAUACACAGGUUCGUCUUGUUGAUGGAGGGAGGGUAGAGGUAUAUUAUGAGGGCCAGUGGGGCACAGUGUGUGCAACAAACUUUGACAGCCGGGACAUGAAGGUCAUCUGUAGGAUGCUAGGUCAAAUAGGGAGCGGUCGAUAUUACACAGGGAACCCUGCCAGGGAAGGCAACGUCAUGAUAGAAGACCUUGCCUGUCUUGGUAACGAGUCCCACUUGGACCAAUGUUAUUCCAAUGCGUGGCUGUCAAACACGUGCGAUCACAACGAGGAUAUCAGCAUCGACUGCAAUUAUUAUGACUCCCAUACAACGCAUCAAACGUCGCAAAUGCCGCAUUCCUACACACGAGAACCUAAUGAUGGCGAUAUCCGACUUGCGAAUGGCGGUUUCGACCAUGGUAGACUGGAGGUCUUCUACAAUAACCAAUGGGGUAGUGUGUGUAUGCGUGGCUUCGACUAUGACGACGCGAAAACUGUUUGCAGAAUGCUAGGGCUCUACCAAGGUGACAGUUACCUAGCGAUCUACAAUGCUCACAACGUCCAUGGGUGGUCGUAUAGUGAUGUUCUUAUAGAGGAUCUCCGUUGCCAAGGAGACGAGUGGAACCUGGCACAGUGUGAAUCCAGAAGGCCGUGGACGAACACCACAUGUAACUCAGCUGUUGGUGUGGGUUGUCGAAACAACUACAACACGACAGCAAUGCCAUCCGUGAGUUCGCAUCACAAUCAAUGUGGAGGGUAUUUCUUCGGGAACAAUGGACUCAUCGCUUCACCAAACUACCCAAAUAAUUAUGAAAACAGAGAAAACUGCACGUAUUAUAUCAAUGUUCCAGGCGGUUACUCGGUGUGCUUACAAUUCAAUACUUUUACAACUCAAGAAUGUUGUGAUCAUUUAGAUAUUUAUGAUGGUCCUUCUACUAGAAACAAGCGAAUUGCAAGAUUAUCUGGAGACAAUCCACAGCUCAACGGAACGGAAAUAUGUGCGUCGGGAAAUUUUCUUACUGCACAUUUUAUUACAGACUAUUCUUCGACCGCGCAGGGAUUCGAAGCCAAAUACGCAUUCGCACCACUAAAUUAUUACAGAGAUAUUAUCAGAUUAGAGAGCGGUCCGGACAAGUCCACUGGUCGAGUUGAGAUUUUUCACAAUGGUCAAUGGGGCACAGUGUGUGAUGACGGUUUUGGUUACGAGGAAGUCUUGGUGGUCUGUCGAAUGCUGGGACUGUAUCGUGGACAUAGGUACGGGCGAUUUUACAUAGACGCUUCAGGAAGUGGUCAAAUAUGGCUGGGUGACCUACGUUGUCAUGGCCACGAGUUUUCUCUCGACCAGUGUUGUUCAAAUUGUUGGGGAAUGCAUAACUGUACGCACGAGGACGAUGUGGGCGUUGAUUGUCAAUAUUAUCGGGGAGAUAACGUUUCUGGAUCUACAUCCCAAUCAAGCAGAGAAACAACCACUUUCCCGCACAGCAUGACAACUGACACGGGCGGUUACACCGUUCAAGACGCCAUUCGGGUGGCUUGCAGCGAGACUGGCUGGGACAUUCAAGUUGACAAGAGCAUACUGCGCCACCUGUACCCGAGCGCACGCGCAUCAGACAUUUACCUAGGAGAGAACAUAUGCGUGGGCUUCGAGUCCUGGAACCGCGUUGUCUUCCAACAGGGUCUCAGGGAAUGCCUCACGAGUGAAACGAUAAGGCACGACGUUCUCGUCUACUCGAACGAACUCGUGUACGCGGAGAGAGACCCCAUUCACUCGUUCAUCAUCCGCCAUUACAACUGGACGGUCGGCGUCGAGUGUGACGUACAGAGGAACGGGAGCUCUUCCGGUCAUGUUCGGAACGAAAACAACAACAAUCCUGGCGGCCAAUUGGUUACCGGCGCGAGCAACUAUUCAGUCAACAUGGCGUUCUACCUGGACCCGAACUUCCAGCAGCCGAUUCCCAGCAAUCCUCUGCGCGUGCCUGUGGGCACGGACGUGUACGUGAAGGUGUUCACCCAGGCCACGGACUGGACGGUGAAGAUGCGCGUGCACACGUGCUACACAAAGCCUUCGCCUACGUCACCGGACAACCUGCGAUACAACCUCAUCCAGAACGGUUGUGAAGUAGACGCCAACACUCACCUGAUCUCGCAGUCUACGCACGAGACGAGAUUUGUGUUCAAAGACUUCGAGUACACGAGCGAUCAUCAGGGAAUCCACGUUAUGUGCGACGCCACGUUUUGUAGCACGUCUGAUUACAGUCGCCAAUGCACACAGACCUGCAAUCCCACGAUCAGAAGAAACGUCAACGUAAAAAGAGGCGAUGAUGUGACGAAGUCUUCUUAUGACUUCACCGCUGAGGGUGUAACUGGAUCUGAUAAGAAAACCACGGAGGAUAAGGCCGGUGGUAUCCAGUAGACAGCGAAUGAAACCCUCGCCUGAUUUUGUGACGCCAGUGUUUGCUAACUUUGACAAGUUAAUUUGUCAUCAACCACGGAUGGGUUAUGUAAAAUGAUAUGAACUACAAUGGACUGUAGAUAUCAAUAUUCCCCAGAUCGGUUAUUUAUCUUAUUAAUCGACAAUCGUCGAAAAAAAAGGAGUUUGUAUUCACGAUGUUAUGUUAUUCAGCUAUCUUAUGGAUUUAUCAAAUUUGCAUUCAUCUU